UCCAUAAAGCUAAAAAGAAAAAGAAAAAAGGAAAAGUUUAAUUAGCUCUAGUGACUUUACAGACGUAAAGUCGACGAGGGAGUUGUCCUCUGUUACAAGAUUUCUUCUUCUUCUUCUUCUUCUUCCAUUCCAGUUGUCAUUACUUGCGUACUUGUAUUCUUCGGAGAGAGCUAGUAGUUCUGUUGAGUCUGAGAGAUGGUGGAUGAGUGUUACAUCAAGAGCAUGUGGUCUUUCACGCUAGUGGUCCUGUUGUUAGUGUCAUUCAGUAUUGCGGAAGACCCUUAUAGGUUCUACACAUGGAAUGUUACUUAUGGUGAUAUCUACCCUCUUGGAGUGAAGCAACAGGGGAUAUUGAUAAAUGGGAAGUUUCCAGGCCCACAGAUUGAGUCGGUGACAAAUGAUAACUUGAUUAUCAGCGUGUUCAAUAGCUUGGAUGAACCUUUCCUCCUCUCUUGGAAUGGUGUGCAGCAGAGAAGGAAUUCAUGGCAAGAUGGAGUCUAUGGUACAAACUGCCCCAUCCCACCAGGGAAGAACUUCACUUAUGUGCUCCAGGUGAAGGACCAGAUUGGUAGCUACUUUUAUUUCCCUUCCCUUGGCAUGCACAAGGCUGCAGGAGGCUUUGGAGGCUUCAAAAUCGCAAGCCGUUCUGUCAUUCCUGUACCAUUCCCUCCUCCUGCCGGCGAUUUCACAAUCCUGGCUGGUGAUUGGUUCAAGAAGAAUCAUACAGAUUUAAAAGCAAUUUUAGAUGGUGGCAGUGAUCUUCCCUUUCCAGAUGGGCUUCUCAUCAAUGGUCGUGGAUCAAAUGGCUACACAUUCACUGUUGAUCAAGGCAAGACUUACAGGUUACGGAUAUCAAAUGUGGGGCUCACCACUUCUAUCAAUUUCAGAAUUCAGGGGCAUAAAAUGUUGCUGGUGGAGGUCGAAGGAACUCACUCACUGCAAAACACUUAUGAUUCCCUUGAUAUCCAUUUGGGGCAAUCCUAUUCUGUUUUGGUUACAGCUGAUCAAGCAGCACAAGAUUACUUCAUUGUUGUCUCAACACGCUUCACCUCUCAAGUGCUCACUACGACCUCCAUUCUUCAUUACAGUAAUUCAGCAGGAAGUGUUUCAGGUUCUCCGCCCAGUGGACCAACUAUUCAGCUGGACUGGUCUGUUGAACAAGCUCGAUCCUUAAGGCGAAAUCUAACCGCAAGUGGCCCAAGACCUAACCCUCAAGGUUCUUACCACUAUGGAUUGAUCAACACAACUCAUACAGUUAGACUUCAGAACUCUGCUCCAAUUAUUAAUGGCAAGCAGAGGUAUGCUGUCAAUAGUGUGUCCUUCAUCCCUGCCGAUACUCCACUUAAACUUGCGGACCAUUUCAAUAUCCCUGGAGUUUUCUCCCUAGGAAGCAUCUCGAACAACCCCACUGGUGGUGGUGCUUACCGCCAGACUUCUGUCAUGGCUGCUGAUUUCAGAGGUUAUGCUGAGAUUGUUUUUGAGAAUCCAGAAGAUAAUGUGCAGUCUUGGCACAUUGAUGGCCACAACUUCUUUGUUGUGGGGAUGGAUGGAGGGCAGUGGUCACCUGCAAGCAGAUUAACUUACAAUCUGAGAGACACAAUUUCUCGUUGCACUGUUCAGGUCUAUCCGGAGUCAUGGACAGCAGUUUACAUGCCCUUAGACAAUGUGGGAAUGUGGAACGUAAGGUCUGAGAACUGGGCACGCCAGUACUUAGGACAACAAUUCUAUCUUCGAGUCUAUUCCCCAGCAAAUUCCUGGAGAGAUGAAUAUCCAAUCCCCACAAAUGCUCUUCUUUGUGGUCGAGCAGCAGGACGUCUAACUCGGCCUGUAUAGAGCACCAUGCAUAGCAGACUGUCACGAAGGCGUGACAUGGUCAGUUGUAAUCUAGUGUAGCAGAUUUCGACGGGAUAUGCAGCAGAAGGCUUGACUCUAUCGAGCCAAUUUUACACAACGUUAUUGUUUUUGUUGUCAUUUGUUCCUAACUUGAUUUCCUUGGAUUCAUUUACUAUUAGAACCUGUGAUUGAUUCAAUAGAUAUAAGAACGAGUAUAAUAUUUCCUUUUCCUUCA